GACCAAGAGAUUUAUUAAAGCGACUGUUACAGAGGGGAUCUGUAACAGGAAAAAAGAAAAAGAGAGAGAUGAAUCUUCAAGAAGAACUGGAUGAACUUAAAGUACAUAUGUCUGUUGAUAAAGCAACAAUACAGGAAUUGAAUAGAUGUAUGGCCGAGAAAGGAGAAGAACAACUCUUUAGAUACGGUGAAGGUGAUGAGGUCAAGAAGAGUACUCCAGAGAAGAAUGGGAAAGAAAUGUUGGAGCAGACAUUACAGAAGGUCAUUGAGUUGGAAAAUCGGCUAAAAUCUUUUGAGAAAAGGUCAAGAAAAUUAAAAGAAGGGAAUAAAAAAUUAAUGAAGGAAAAUGAUUUCCUGAAAUCCCUCUUAAAACAGCAGCAAGAAGAUGCAGAAACCAGAGAAAAAGAGCUGCAAAAGCUACUAUGCAGGGGGAGUAAAGUUGUAGAAAAAGACAAAACUGAACUUCAAGUAAAAAUCAGUGAGCUGGAGAGAGAAGUCGCUUCCCUAAGGAGACAAGUGGCAGAAGCUAAUGUAUUGAGAAAUGAAAAUGAAGAGCUGAUGAACCCAGUGGAGAAAUCGCACCAUUCAGCAGACAAAACUCAAUCUGAGAUGGCCUCAGCAAAAGUGAGAUCUGGCCAAUAUGAUUGUAAGACAACCACUACCAAUGUUAAAUUUAAAACCGUCAAGAAAAAGUGUUGUGUGGGCCGUCACCACACUGUUCUCAAUCACUCCAUCAAGGUUAUGAGCAAUGUGUUUGAGAACCUCAGCAAGGACGGCUGGGAGGAUGUGAGUGAAAGCAGCAGUGAUUCUGAAGCACAGGCCUCUCAAAACUUGGGAACAAUUAUUAUAGAAACAUCUCAGAAAAUAAGUCCUACAGAAGAUGGAAGAGAGCAGAAAGAAAGUGAUCCAGCAGAAGAUAGCCAAAGACAAGGAAAAGAAAUCGUGCAAAUAUAUUCAGAUAUAGAUGGCAAGACCCCAAAGGAUUAUUUUCAUUUCAAGAAUACCAAAAAGCCAACUUUCCAAAAGAAGAAUGGUAAUAUGCAAAAAAGUUCAAAUACAACAGUUCCUAUCAGAGCCAACAGAGAAAGGUACACAACUAUAAGUGCCCAGAAAUCAAGUAGCAAUAUUAUUUUACUGCGAGAACGGAUUAUAUCUUUGCAACAACAGAACAGUAUUCUUCAGAAUGCCAAAAAAACAGCAGAAUUGUCUGCUAAGGAAUAUAAAGAAGUUAAUGAAAAGCUCCUCCAUCAACAGCAAGCAUCUGAGCAACAAUUCCAGACAAGCAGAAAGACAAUAAAGAAGCUUAACAUGGAUUUGGCUGGGCUUAGGAAAGAAAAAGAAGAUUUGUUAAAGAAAUUGGAGUCCUCAUCUGAAAUCACAAGUUUGGCAGAAGAAGUUUCCCGGGUAACAACUCCACGGAUACAAGUUACAUCAAUUGAUUCUUCGAGGAACAUGGAUUUGGAAAUGAAGCAAUUGCAGUGUAAACUAAAGAAUGCAACUAAUGAACUCACCAAACAGUCAUCGCAUGUGAAGUCUCUGAAAUUUGAACUCCUAGCAAAAGAAGAACAUAUCAAGGAGAUGCAUGAAAAGAUGUGUCGAAUGGAGAGGGAUAUAACUAUGAAAAGACAUUUGAUAGAGGACUUAAAGUUUCGACAGAAAGUACAUUUGGAAAGUAAUGAGAAUUUUGGUGAAAUGUUAGAAAAUCUUGAAAAAAAGGUAAAGACAUUAACCGAAGAAUGUUCCAAUAAGAAGGUGUCAAUUGAUUCACUAAAGCAAAGACUUAAUGUUGCUGUAAAAGAGAAGGCGCAGUAUGAACAGAUGUAUCAGAAAACUAAAGCAGAGUUAGAAAAAAAGGAUCUCAAGCUUGCUCUGUUGGUAGCAAAAAUAAGCGAGACUGAAUCUGCAAUGGCAGAAAUUGAAACAGCAGCAUCUAAACAGCUUCAAGGAUUAGCAUUGCAAAGUGAGCAGGUCCUAGAAGGUGCACAGAGGAAACUGCUGCUAGCCAAUGAGAAAGUGGAAGAGUUCACCAUCUUUGUGAAGGCUUUGGUCAAAGAGUUACAAAGUGAUGUCCAUGUGGUGAGGAGACAAAUCAGAGACCUUAACAAAAUGAAGAAAAGCAGGCAUGCUUGUAAAACCUCAACCCAUAAAGCCCAGACCUUGGCAGCCUCUAUCCUGAAUAUUUCACAGUCAGAUCUGGAGGAAAUAUUGGACACAGAAGAUGAAGUGGAAAUUGAAAAGACAAAGGUAGAUGCUGAAAAUGACAAGGAAUGGCUGUUGUAUAUUCAGAGACUUCUUGAAGGACAGCUUCCUUUUGCUUCAUAUUUACUAGAAGCAGUACUGGAGAAAAUAAAUGAACAAAAGAAACUAGUUGAAGGAUAUUUCACAAUUAUGAAAGAUAUUAGGUGAUAUUAAAAUGGAGAGCUUUUCCUCAAAUGUGGAAACUUAUGUGGUGUGAUUGGAAAACAUGUAUUGCAGUCCUGAUACAGCAUCUGCUCCAGCCAUCAAUAGUCAGGUUCAAUACCAAAAUAAGAAGUCUCUGAAACUAAUUAAUUGCUGAACAAGUGAAACUAAUUAAGUGCAUAGCUAUUUAAAAGGAAAUAGUGUAGCAUUUGAUUGUUGAAUACAAAUAUUGCCACAAAUCAAUGCAAACCUAAAAAUGAUUUUCCUUCCAGUGCAUUAAAAGAAACUAGAUAGAACAAGCUUGGUACACACAGAUUGGUCUGACCAUAAAAAGAAAAAAGUGUAAAGUGGGGAUUUAAUGUUUUAAGUUUCAUAAAGAAACCAGACUUUUUACAUUAUACUGCUAUAGCUGGCCUUAAAAACUUUUUGUGUAGUGUGAUUGGAAAACAUUCAUUGUAGUCCUGAUACAAUAUCAACAGUGAUCAACAAAUUUGUAUUGUAAGCAAGUGUAAAAUGAAACAUCGUAAUGUUAGGAUUAGCAUUUAGUGAAAUAAAUUGUGUGGUCCAACUGUGUCUGUUCUUAUUGACACACUGGAUUAUAAAGGAGAUAGUAUAUAUUGCUAAAACUAUUUGACAAAAAUAAAAUUAUUUUUUUCUUCUGUCUGUCUUUUAAAUUCACAGUUCUGUACUUUGUGCGGUCAUUUAAAUUAGCAAGGAAUCAUAGACCCACUACAUAAAAUUAGACUAAACCUAGCAGGACUCCUACUGUUGUCCCUUAAUUAAAAUUAUAUUCUUAACAAUGAUGCUGUCCUUACUUAGAUUCCUGAACGUUCCUGCCUCAUUUCACCUCUUCGCUUUGUUUCUGCCACAUCCUUUUCGAUUCCUCUGAUUUACCAAACUCAUGCCUGCCUCCCAGGUAUGCCUUUGGUAUUCUUUCUCUUCAGUAUUUCUGUACUCAACUUUCCUCAUGGCCAGCUCUUCUAUCAUUCAAGUUCACCUUCCCCAUUCCUUCAGAAACAUUCUCUGACCACCUUAUUAUUUAAUUUUCUUGCAGCACAAAUUACCUAUUUUUCUGUUCACUUAUCUAUUUUCUCCUUCUCCUCCUUUAGAGUGUAGGUCCCCUGAGAUUAAGGCAGGGGUGGCAAAUUAUAACUAGUAAGACAUAUGUGGCCUGGCCUGCCACCUGUUUUGUGUGGCCCACAAACUAAGAAUAGGUUUUACAUUAUUAAAUGGCUAAGAAAAAACAAACAAAAAAUAAUAAUAAAAACAGGAGAAUACUAUUUUGUAGCAUAUGAAAAUUAUUUAAGAUUCAAAUUUUGGUGUUCAUCAAUAAAGUUUUAUUGGAAAACA